GCAAGAAUCAGCUGAUGACGUACAGAGCACAUGCAUAAGUCGACGUCGCAACUUCCAAAUGACUUCUUAAUAAGUAAACCUUCAUUUUUGUCAACUGCACUACUUGAUUUCUCACUUUUAUCCUCAUUUUUAUUCUUGUAAUUUCACGACAACCAGUAUCAAGUAUGGGACAGGCCACAUCUAUCCCUAUCCAAAAAACACCAUGUAUUGUCAAAAGUGUCGCGCCCCACUCAAGCUAGAUGGAUCGUUGGCAGAUCUAAAUCCAGCCGCAUUCGACCUACUCGUCGCUUCGUCUUCCCAACGCCAGCAACCGAAUCGAUCCUCGUCUUCCCGUCUCAGCUAUCCCAACGAUGUCGAGAGAAAGGCCUUAUACGACAAAGUAUCCAAGGAUGCCGGACCUACUACCUUUAAGAAGAACUCAGGUGCCCUACGUGGCGAUGGUCAUCAUCGCGAUAGCUCUGCCAUGUCAUUUGUGCUCCUCACCGAGUCUCAAGUAGCCCCCCCGAGACUCACUCCUCCCAUAGAGUCACCAAAUCCAAGGCAACAACGACGAAAUUCAAUGUCUAAUAGCCAGCGUAAUGACGGGAGAACCACACAACCCCACGAAGCCGAGCGCAUAAAUAAACUGUUUGAAAUAUUGUCUGCGAGGUCAGAUAUUGAUCACCCUAUAUGUGUAGAGUGUACCGAAAUGCUAGUAGAUGGACUUCAGAAGAAGCUGGAGUCAACCGCCCGGGAACGGGAUGCCUAUGCCGCUUUCUUAAAGCAGGUCCAGGCCGAUAUACCUAGCGAAGAGGACAUUGCUGAAUCCGAAAAGGCCGUAGCGAGAGCACAUAAGGAGGAAGAAGAAUCUAUGAACGAACUUUUGGCAUUGGAGAAGGAGAAGGCUGCUUUAGAUGUUGAAAUCGCUGCCUUGGAAGAAGAAUCGCAAGCCCUAGAUGCCGAAGAGGAGCAGUUCUGGAGAGAACGUAACAUGUUCGCAACGAAGCUUGCCGAAUUUCAAAGCGAAAGAGAUAGUAUCAACUCCAAGUUUGACCAUGACUCGCAGCUGCUCAUCAAGCUUCAACGAGCCAACGUCUAUAACGAUACCUUUUCGAUACAUCAUGACGGUAACUUCGCAACGAUCAACGGCUUAAGACUGGGCAGAUUAUCUACGAAACCUGUAGACUGGCCCGAAAUAAAUGCCGCUUGGGGACAAGCAUUAUUACUAGUGGUUACAGUCGCUGACAAGCUUGGAUAUAAAUUUGAUGGCUACGAGCCACUGCCAAUGGGCUCGACAUCCAAGAUUAUUCGUUAUGAAUACCCAUCCCCUUCUGCCAGUCGACUUGGUCAUCGAAGUGGGCCUCCGCCCGCGCCCAAGAAGAGUGUUCUCGAACUCUUUUGCUCAGGCGACCUUCCUUUACAGAUGCUAUGGAAUCGCAAGUUUGAUCAGGGUAUGGUGGCUUUCUUGGAAUUAGUAAGGCAGCUUGGAGUUUUUGUCCAUCAACAGACGAAAGCAAGCACCGAUCGAGAGGGAUACGCAGCCAACCCACUAGCUCUUCCUUACAAGAUCGAAGGUGAUAAGAUUGGCGAUGACAGGAUAGGCCACUUCAGUAUCAAGUUAGGUAUGAACAACGACGAGAGCUGGACGAAGGCCUGCAAGUUCGCCCUCACCUGUUGCAAAUUUCUGAUUGCACACGCAAGCAACAUCAGUCAUCACAUAACGAAUGGGCGCUGAAGUGUAACUAACUUGGAUAUGAUUGGGUCAUGUAUGGAAUUAGGAACGGCGUUCAGCGUUGUUGGAGGUUAGUAGACUGCCUUAUACCAUCAUCGUACUUAUAGCGUACAGUUGGGUUUUGCCGACUAUCAAAUAUCCGAAUAAUAUCGUUUGUCAUUUCAAAACGUGUUGAUCGACUCCCUUCUCCCUUCUCCCAUUCGUCUGAGUUAACAUCAAGUCAUCGUGGUCGCACAGGAAAUCGCGACUAAAAUCCGUUAGGAAUACCGCCUAUGUGGCG